GGGCUGGCUUGGUUCCAGCCUCUGGGAAUCCAGCUAGUGGGGGUAGACCACAUGCGGACCAGCAAUUUCGACGGGGUCUGCCGGGAGUUCCCAGAGGUCUUCGACGGGUCCCUGGGGAGCUACAAGGGGCCGCCCAUCACCCUACCGAUCGACCCAACGGUCCGGCCCAUAAGGCUCAAGGCGAGACGCGUCCCGUUCACCCUAAAACCGAAAAUAGAGGCGGAACUGGACCGCCUCACGGCCCAAGGCGUCCUAGAGCCAGUCACAUACGCCGACUGGGAGACCCCUAUAGUGACACCCGUAAAACCCAACGGGGAGGUGAGGAUCUGCGCUGAUUACAAGUGCACGAUCAACAAGGCUCUACAGGACAAUCCCUACCCAGUCCCGGUGGUCAGCCAUGUCCUCGCAGCGCUAGCCGGGGCGAAGACAAUCGUGACCCACAGGGGGGCGUUCAGGGUUAAACGGCUGCAGUUCGGGGUGAGCGUGGCUCCGGGGAUUUUCCAAAGCAUAAUGGACUCUCUCCUUAAAGGGAUCCCCGGAGUCCAGCCCUUCUUCGACGACGUUUUGAUCGCCGCCCCCACCGAAGGAGAGUUCAGCCGCCGCCUCACGGACCACAAGCCACUCCUCGGCCUCCUAGCCCCCGACCGGCAAACCCCCCAAAUCCUUUCACAGAGGGUUUUACGGUGGAACCAGUUCCUGAACUCGUACACCUACACGUUGGUCCACCGCCCAGGGAAAGCAAUGGGGCACGCCGAUGCCCUCAGCCGCCUGCCGCUGCCCGCCACAGACCCAGAUCCCGCCCCGGCCCACGGGGUGAUGCUUAUAGAGUCCCUCCCCGAGCGCCCACUACACGCCGAAGAGGUGGCUCGGGCUACGGGCAGAGACCGCAUCCUAGCGCGGGUCAGGGACUGGGUGGGAAGGGGGUGGCCAGCGGGCAAGGUGGAAGAUGCAUUCAGGCCAUUCACGUCCAGGAAGGACGAGCUAUCGACCCACAAGGGGUGCAUACUCUGGGGGAGCCGGGUGGUGGUUCCCCCCCCCUUGCGCAGACAGGUGUUGGAAGAUCUCCACGAGACCCACCCGGGCAUCGUGAGGAUGAAAGCCCUGGCCCGGAGUUACGUGUGGUGGCCAGGCAUGGACGAGGAAAUAGAGGGGUGGGUUAGGAGGUGCCAACCCUGCCAGGAGUCCAGGCCCAAUCCGCCGUCCGCCCCGGUCCACAGGUGGGAGUCAAACGGGCGGCCGUGGUCCCGCCUCCAUUUAGACUUCGCGGGGCCGCAUCAGGGGCAACUCUUCUUUAUACUGGUAGAUGCUCACACAAAAUGGUUGGAGGUGAUCCCGGUCACCUCGACCUCCACCGCAGCAGCCGUCCGGGCGCUCAGAAGGGUUCUCUGCACACACGGGAUCCCUGACACCCUAGUGACGGACAACGGCACGGCCUUCACCUCCCGGGAAUUCCGAGAGUUCACCGAGAGGUACCUGAUAAGGCACAUAAGGUCCGCUCCCUUCCAUCCAGCCACCAACGGCCAGGCGGAGCGGAUGGUGCGGACCACCAAGGAAGCCCUAGGGCGCAUUCUGCUCAUGGGGAGGAAACUGACCACCCGGUUAGAUAGGCUCCACCCGGACAGGGCGCCGGAGGUCCGCGGGUCCCCCGAGGUUCGCGAGGCAGUAAGGGGAUUCUUUCCGGGCGACCCGGUGUACGCGAAAAACUUCGCAAGCGGCCCG